AUGUCCCUGGUGGUGAAGGAGAAGAACCACGUGCGGUUGGUCUUCCUGGGUGCUGCCGGCGUGGGCAAGACAGCCCUCAUCCGUCGCUUCCUGAUGGACACCUUCGAGCCCAAGCACCGGCGCACGGUGGAGGAGCUGCACAGCAAGGAGUACGAGGUGAGCGGGGCCACGGUCAAGGUGGAAAUCCUGGACACCAGUGGCAGCUACUCCUUCCCGGCCAUGCGGAAGCUCUCGAUCCAGAACAGCGAUGCCUUCGCCCUGGUCUACGCCGUAGAUGACGCCGAGUCCUUCGAGAGCGUCAAGAGCUUGCGGGAGGAGAUCCUGGAGGUGAAGGAAGACAAGUUCCCUCCCAUCGUGGUGGUCGGCAACAAGGCAGAGAGCGGCGGCGAGCGGCAGGUGCCGGCGGAGGAUGCCCUGUCGCUGGUGGAGCUGGACUGGAACAGCCGCUUCGUGGAGACGUCGGCCAAGGACAACGAGAACGUCCUGGAGGUCUUCAGGGAGCUGCUGCAGCAAGCCAACCUCCCCAGCCGGCUCAGCCCGGCGCUCUGCAAGAGGAGGGAGACGUUGCCCAAGGAGCAGGCGCUGAGGCCUCCCAUGAACAAGACCAACAGCUGCUCGGUGUGCUGAGCCGGCCGCCCGGGGCCGGGAGGACGGCGCCGGCAGCAGCGGCACCGGCUGGAAACUCAGGUGGGCUGGGUGGGGAGAGGCGCUGCCUCGGCCAAAACCAACCCUGCUGCCUCCCACCCCUUUCCUCCUCUUUCCCACCCAGCCCGCCGGGAACCGGUGAGAGUUGGAGAUGACAAGGAGGAGGGACUUGGGACUUGGAAGGGAUGCUGGUUGCUGGAAGGGCACGGGGAGAGGGCGAGUUCCCAGGAAGGCAGGAGGCGUACCUGGGAAACCGCCGUCGGUCAGCCAGCACGUUGCAUCCGUGCCGUGGUGAGCUUGCAGGCAGGCGGCUCCUCGCGUACUAGGAAAGGUGGACAAAAACCAGGUCUUUGGCUGCAUGCAUCAGAAGGCAGAUGCGGGCAUCUGUGCAGCUGCAUCGCACCCACCGGUGCCGCUCUCCCGGGUCUCAUGUGGGUCC